UUCUCUUUCUCUUUCCCUCUUUGGUUCUGUGGAGUUGAUAGUUCCUCGUGUGGUCUUGUUUUGUUUUUGUACUCUGUAAUCUGCGGGUCUUGUUGACUGUGGUGAAGUUUGAAUUUUUUUUAAAUAUCCUUGUGUUUCUUGUUCCGUUGGACGAGUUCAGACAUUCAAAAUGGAAGUUUUUGAAUAUGAUAACGUUAAAAUUUAUAAUUUAAGUUGUGGAAAAUCAUUACCUGAGUGGUUAUCAGAAAGGAAGAGGAGAGCUCUGCUCAAGAAAGAUGUGGAUCUUCGCAGAAGGAUUGAGCUUAUACAAGAUUUCGAAAUGCCUGAUAUCAGUACAUCAGUUAAAGUUACUCCAGAUGGCCAAUAUAUAAUAGCAACAGGGAUCUAUAAACCUCGAGUUAAAUGUUUUGAUGUGAAUAAUUUAUCACAAAAAUUUGAUAGAUGUUUUGACUCUGAAGCUAUAACUUUUGAGUUACUAUCUGAUGACUACAGUAAAUUGGUAUUCUUACAAUGUGAUAGAUAUGUAGAAUUCCAUGUGGCACAUGGAAGGCAUUAUCGAUUGAGGAUACCUAAAUAUGGAAGAGACAUGAAAUAUUUCUUGCCUACUGGGGACCUGUUCAUAGUUGGUGUUACUUCUGAUAUUUAUAGAUUGAAUUUAGUAAGGGGUCAGUUUUUGACUCCUUUCGUUUCAGAAGCAUCAGUGAUAAAUAAAUGCGCAAUAAAUAAGGAGUAUUCUCUCGUAAUGUGCGGAACAAAAGAAGGAAAAGUUGAAUGUUGGGAUCCAAGAUGUCGAAAUCUGAUUGGAACACUUGACGUUGCUUUAAAUUGUUUGAGUAAGAUGGAAAAUGUAACCUCAGAGAACUUCCCAUCUAUAACUGCUUUAAAUAUGGAUGGUCCCUUACACAUGGGUGUUGGUACAGCAAAUGGUAUGGUUUUAUUGUAUGAUAUUAGGUCUUCUGAGCCCUACAUGGUCAAAGACCAUAUGGAACGGUUGCCUAUCAAAGAUAUUGAGUUUAACAAGAAAGAAAAUAUUGUAUUUUCAAUGAAUAAGAGCAUAUUGAAGAUGUGGGAUAAAAACUCUGGAAAACCAUAUGCUAAUAUUGAAACAUCAUCAGAAUUAAAUAAUUUAUGUGUUGUACCAGAUACUGGGCUGUUAUUCAUUGCCAAUGAAAAGCCUAAAAUUCUUACUUAUUAUUUACCCAGUCUUGGACCUGCACCCAAAUGGGCUAGUUUUCUGGAUUCACUCACUGAAGAACUAGAGGAAUCGAAUGUCGAGAGUAUUUACGAUGACUAUAAGUUCGUCACUAGAAGUGAGGUCAAUGCUCUGGGAUUGGAUCUUGAUGACUUGGUCAAAAAUAAUUUAUUGAGAGCAUACAUGCAUGGAUACUUUAUGGACGCCCGAUUUUACAAUAAAGUAAAAUCGGCAGCUCAACCGUUUGCCUUCAAGGAGUAUAGGCAAAACAGAAUAAAAAAAACGAUUGAAAGGUCAAGAAGGGCCAAAAUCUUGCCAAAUCUGCCAAAUCUUCCAAGGGUUAAUAAGAAAUUGGCUCUGGAACUUAUGAAAACAAAGUCGAAUGUAUUGAACGACGACCGCUUCAGGAACUUGUUCUUGAAUCAAGAAUUUGAAAUUGACGAAAAUUCGGAAGAAUAUAGAUUAAUCAAUAAUGUGGCAAAAGGGAAAUAAAAUUUAACAAAAAAGAAA